CAGAAAAGGACGUUGUGGAGUCCCACAGGUCUUCUCCAGGGAGCCUCUCUUCAUCUCUUUCCAUCAUGUCUGUUAAGCCGAGGGUGUACCAGGGCGUCCGAGUGAAGACCACGGUCAAAGAGCUGCUGCAGAGGCACCGAGCCCGCGAGGCCAACCGUAAAAAAGUCAAAACGAUAUACCAGUCUGGCUCCGAUCUUCAGGAUCUCUCCCCUCUUACAAGUCGCUAUGUGGACCCUCCUCCCGCCAUUACCCCAGCGGACACGAGCAGCUGUCCAGCGCGUGCCUUCCAGCUGCGCGCCGUCCAGUUCCCCGUCCCUGACAGCUCGUGCAACUCCCUGAUGCAGGAGUGCACCUUUAACGACAUCCAGGAGCAUUUCGGGGACAUGAUGUUGCCCAGCAACGGCUACAGUGGCAACAACAACAACAAUAACAACAACAACACUGGCAGCAGCUACAGCCCCUCCCUGCCUCCCCAUCCCAGCUUCCAGCUGCCGUGGUGCCCUGGACUCUCCUCUGAUGCGGACUACUAUGGCCCUGGGAUGGCUCCCUGCUCCUCGCCAGAGUCGCUGAAGCUCUGCAACCCCAUGGAUCCCAACAGUUACUCGCCGCAGGACUCGUUCUCCUCCUCCUCCUCCUCCUGCUACGACUCACCCACCAGGAUGGAGUCCAGCUACCACAGCUUCACCUCCGAGCACUACCACUAUCAGCACUGCGACCUCCAGGACUGCCGCUGCCUGUCCCACUGUUGGCCGGGCCAACAGGAGAGCUUCUCUGCCCCCGAAUAUGCACCUUACUACAACCCCACAGACUAUUCAUACGCCUGUCCUGUGGAAGAGAACUAUUUAAGGAGGGAUUUGCAGAUGAGCUCUGAAAUGUGUUACAAUAUACUAUGAUGAGACCUUCAACAGUAUUGUUUUGUCUUCCGACUGUAAAUAUUCUGUCCAAAUAGUCAGUGAGGCUGUUUGCUUGACUGGUGGACUUUGCAUUUCGCUGUGUGCUCUGACUGGCUUUUGCUUCGGUGGAAUGAUGAAUGCUGAAUGGAUGGAAAGGCUGAUAUUUUUGUACCAAUGACCCUUAUUUUACUACCAAGAUUUAUUUUCAUACAUAUAACUUGUUGUGGUAAAUAAAAAAUGUGUUGUUAAAUGAA